AUGUCCAGCUCUUCUAUAAUGACGAGCGCUUCGGAAAAGACGACUCCUCCAGUCUCACAGCCGUCGUCCAUCAGAUCCGUGGAGCUGUCCACUCGUUCACCAAAACUUAAGCCUCAAAAUGGCCAACCGGUUGCACCCCUCAAUGCCGAGGGUCAGCCGAAGCAACCCGAGAAGGCUUCCGUCAAGGACCGCUUAACCAGAAUGUUUUCCAGCAAAGGCGAGGUUCCCAAGCCGGCUUCUGUCAAUGGCGAUGCAUCUCCUGCUUCGACGACCCCCGCCCCAAGCGCAGCCGCCGCCGCAAGGGCUCCCCCAGUACGGAAACAGUCAGUCACUACAAAAGCCCCCGAGGCCACUGCUGCCGCCUCAUCCGCCAAGAAUGGCCAGUCGCAAAGAUAUAUCCAGAAUCCGAAUGUGCAGGGUGGCCACGAGCAUCACCUCAAGGGCAGCAAGCGUCAGGAGAAGCUUUCAGAUAUGUGGAAAUCGUUGCUUGGAAGGAAACACGAACAAGCCCCAGAAGCAGAUCUCUCGCUUGUAUCAAAUUGGGUAGAUACGCUUAAGCAGGAGAAGGAAACGCUGGCAGGAGACCGAAAGGGUGGUCCUAGCGCUAGCAGCACGCUGAUUGAGAAGUACGGCAAGUGCCAAGAGGUUGUUGGUCGUGGUGCCUUUGGCAUUGUCAGGAUAUCCCACAAGAAGAUUGACAAUGGCGGCGAGAAGCUCUUUGCCGUAAAGGAGUUCCGGCGCAGACCCGAGGAGACGGAAAAGAAGUACAGUAAACGCCUGACUGCCGAAUUCUGCAUCUCUUCCUCCUUACGCCAUCCAAAUGUUAUUCACACCCUGGAUUUGCUCAAGGACUCAAAGGGUGAUUACUGCGAGGUCAUGGAGUUUUGCUCGGGUGGAGACCUGUACACUCUGGUGCUGGCUGCUGGCAAGCUCGAGGUUCAGGAGGCGGAUUGCUACUUUAAGCAGAUGAUGCGUGGCGUUGAGUACAUGCAUGAAAUGGGUGUUGCUCACCGAGACAUGAAGCCUGAGAACCUCCUUUUGACAUCUCAUGGUGCUCUAAAGAUCACUGAUUUUGGUAACGGCGAAUGCUUCCGCAUGGCUUGGGAGGAGGAUCCUCACAUGGUGUCAGGCCUCUGUGGUUCUGCGCCUUACAUUGCUCCUGAGGAGUAUACAGACAAGGAGUUUGAUGCUCGCGCUGUCGAUGUUUGGGCAUGCGGUGUCAUCUACAUGGCAAUGCGCACAGGUCGACACUUGUGGCGUGUCGCCAAGAAGGAUGAGGACGAGUUUUACGAGCGUUACCUCGAGGGCCGUCGCGAUGAGGAGGGGUACGGUCCUAUAGAGUCGUUGCACCGUGCUCGGUGUCGUAACGUCAUCUACUCGAUUCUAGAUCCUAAUCCUUCUCGGCGCAUUACCGCUUCACAAGUUCUCAAGUCAGAAUGGGGCCGUGAGAUUAAACUCUGCAAGGCUGGCGAGGAGGGCCUUUGA